AUGCCGACUCCCGCGCUUAACACGACUUGUAAUGGCACUCUUUAUAAUGUUAAGCCUGGAGAUGACUGCCAUUCAAUUUCACGGUCUGAAGGUAUCGGAACGGCAUGGCUGCUCUCUGACAACCACCUUCACGCCUAUUGCAGCAACUUCCCCGGUGUUGGCCAUACACUGUGCAUCAAAAACACAUGCGAUGUAUACACCAUCUCCGCCAACGACACAUGCAGUUCGGUUGCCAGCGCCCAUGGUAUCACCGUUUCGCAACUCCGAAGCUGGAAUCCAGUCCUUGAUAUGCGCUGUGGGAACAUGCCUUCCAUGGUCGGAGACCAGAUAUGCAUCUCCAGUCCAGGUCCAAGAUAUGCUACAGGCUCCAUUUCUGGCGUCACAAAUAUAACAACUUCUGUCCCUGUGCCCACCAACAUUGCGAAUGGUACGAACACAAGGUUCUCCAUUCCGUUGGAUGACUUCAUCUUCUUGAACCCUUCUAUCAACAAAAAUUGCACAAACCUUUAUGCGUAUAAGAGCUACUGCGUGAAAGCAGUGGGAUCGAUCAUGGAUUAUCCCGGUCAACCAGGUUGUAUCGGGCCAACUUCCACGAUUGCCGAAAUUCCCUACAGCAGCUUCGCAAUGGCAACCUAUAUCCCGCCGACCAUCAAAUCGGCAGAAGAGCUACCGCUUGCCAACGGCACCAUACCAAACUGCUCAAUCUACGCUGAUGGGGAUGAGCUUAACACCGACGUUGAUGGGACAUCUUACAAAUCAGUCUGUGAUCUGUGGGCUGAGGUGUGGGGCAUCAGUAUCACCGACCUUGUAAAGUGGUAUGUGCAUAUAUUCAUUACCAGAUGA